AUGAGUGCUGUGCGUUUCACGGCCAAACAGGUCCUAGAACAUAUAUUUUCCAAUGACUCUGACUGCGACGAGGAAGCGGACGAGGAAGCGUCCGAAGAAGAAGACGGGGAGGAAUACAACCCAGAGGACGAGGAGACCACAGAGGACGACGACGACGACGACUACGACGCCGCAGCCGCCGCCGCCGCUGCCGACGACGAGGACGAUGUCCAAGUAGAAGAAGUGGAAAGAGAGACAUUCGUGUCAAGAAACGGCCAAAUCCAAUGGUGCUCGGUGCCCUGUGACAACAAUCGGGGCGUCGGAGGGGCCGCCGCAGCGGCAAAAAGUAACAGGCCGGUUGCUGAGGUGCCGGAGGACAUGAGGCCCGGGCCUACUAGGCAGGCCGUAGGCCAAGCCCGCGACAUCCUCUCCACGUUCCGCUUGUUUUUCACACCCGAGAUAGAAGACAUCAUCCUGGAGAUGACCAAUCUGGAGGGCGUUCGAAAAUGCGGCGGCCGCUGGAAAGCGAUGGACUCCACAGACCUGCGAGCCUACGUAGGGCUGCUCAUCCUAGCCGGCGUGUACAGGUCCCGAGGCGAAGCGGCCUCUAGUCUCUGGGACGCCGAGAGCGGAAGGACCAUUUUCCGCGCAACCAUGCCGCUCAAAGUCUUUCACGCUUACUCGAGACUCCUUCGCUUCGACGACCGCCAGACCAGAGCCGAGAGACGCGCAGCAGGCGGCGGUGACAAACUUGCAGCCGUGAGAGAGGUCUGGGACAAGUGGGUCGAGAGGCUGCCGCUCCUCUACAACCCCGGGCCCGACGUGACGGUGGACGAGCAACUGGUCCCUUUCAGAGGCCGAUGUCCUUUCCGCCAGUAUAUCCCAAGCAAGCCGGCCAAAUACGGCAUCAAGACCUGGGUGGCCUGCGACUCCAAAUCCAGCUACGCCUGGAAGAUGCAGGUCUACACCGGGAAGGCCACAUGCGGAGGCCCCGAGAAGAACCAGGGGAUGAGGGUCGUGCUCGAUUUGACGCAGGGACUCAGGGGUCACAACGUCACCUGUGACAAUUUCUUCACCUCAUACGAGCUCGCACGCCAGCUCCUGAGGAGGAACGUCACCGUGGUCGGUACAGUCAGAAAGAACAAGCCAGAGCUCCCGCAGGCGCUGCUCGCCUCAAAGGACAGGCUCCUCUUCUCCUCCAAGUUCGCCUUCACGCCCACCACCACUCUAGUGUCCUACCUGCCAAAGAAAAACAAGAACGUCUUACUCCUGAGCACGCUGCACACCGAGGCUCACGUUAGCCGUCGCCAGGACAAGAAGCCGGCCAUCGUCCUAGACUACAACAGCAACAAGGGAGGUGUGGACAACCUAGACAAGGUGAUUGGAACCUACAGCUGCAGGAGGAUGACCGCGCGCUGGCCCCUGGUCAUCUUCCACAACAUCCUUGACGUGUCCUCUUACAACGCUUUUGUCAUAUGGCGAGAGCUCAACCCUACUUGGAUGCCUGGUAAGCGAAACAAGAGGAGGGUGUUCCUCGAGCAGCUGGGAAAGGCACUAGUGACUCCGUUCAUACAAAGAAGGGCCCGUCUCCCUCGCACCGAAGCCUCUGCGGCGCUCAUCAAAGCUGUUCAGAGGGCUAUCGUGAUCAGCCCCGGCGGGAUCACGCCCCCGCAGCACCGGACCACGCACCGGCCCAAGCACCCAACCCCGCACAACCCAGGCAGCAGUUCCCUGCAGUGCACCUCGCACAUCCGGGACAGUGUAAACACUGAUGACUCGAGAAAAAGGCUCUCAGUGGGAGAGGAGAAGAGAGGAGUCGGUUAUCUAAUAGCACUUUGCGCUGGCUGCUCCUGCCGCUGCUAA